AUGUCUUCCUCAACCAUAUCCAACACAAACCUUUCGAACACAGAACCCCGUAAAAGACUCAUUAUUAAACUUAGUUAUCCUCCUGGUACUAUGAAACGUCAUUCAGAUUCUUCUGACACAGAUGAAAACAAGAGAAGAAAAAUUCAACAUUCUGAACAACCAACUGUAACCUGCUAUUGGGUUGAUUCAUGUUAUAAGACCAAAACAACAACACCUUUCUCUUUGUCUCAACCAAAGGGUGUGAAAGAAAGUUCAAGACUUUGCUCAAAAAGCAUGUUGACGAAGGAUUCAUCAAAAACAUCAUCUGUAACAAAGGAGAUGGUCAAGAAUCAAGUUUCAAAAAUAGCAAAAUCUGAAGAAAGUUCAAGAACGACCUCAUUGAUAGUGAAGGAUUCAUCAAAAAAUACCUCUGUCACAAAAGAUGAAGAAUAUGUGUUGAAGAAACCAAUGGAGUGUGUUAAGAGGAGGCAAUGUUGGUUGAUUUUGAAGAGGAUGUUGGCGGGUAGAGAUGGUUGGGAUUUGAAAGAUCCUCCAGCAAUGGAGUCAAAGAGUUUGGAAAAAAAGUCAAAGGCAAUAGGUUUGAAGGAAAUAGAGAGAAAAAUGAGGUUGUAUGCAACACCAGAUGAGUUUGCAAGGGACAUGAGGCUUGUGUUCUCAAAUGCAAUGCUGAUGUCUCCUCCAAGGAAUCAUAUUUACCAAAUUGCAAAAAAGUUCAGUUACAAUUUUGAACUCAAAUGGAAGUCAUUGAAGGAUGAGUGGGAACUUGAGGAUAGGAAAAGAAGAAAGGCUCACAAGACUAGCAGAUACUAA